AUGAAUAGAGACGCAGACAGCGAUACGUACGGCAGCUCAAGUGACGUAGACAGAAUAGAGCUCGAGGACUCAGAGCUCGACCCAGCAGGCGAUGACUUAUUCAACGACAACUACAGCAACGACUAUGCAGACAAUCCGCUCCUCGACAGGUACGAAACAGAAGACGAAGAGUACGCGCCUCCUUUGACGAGGAAAGAGCUGGAGUCAGCUGAGAGAGAAAUAUCGCAGGCCCUGGGAAUAGAGUCAGAAGAAGAGGAGCACUGGAACAAAGAGCCCUCAGAUCCUGAAACAGACGAAGAGCCUCUCUCCAGCUUCUCUCUCCUGCAGAAGCACAUCCACACGCCAGACGUGCAGCAGAAGGUGAAAAAUGAAACUGUUAAAUUUCUGAAAACAAACAGCAACGGGAAAUACAUCGAGCUCAUCAACCAAAUGGCCUCGCUGAACAAACAGUCCAUAUACGUAGAUUAUUUCGACCUAGAAGGAUUCUCUCCCGUGAUAGCCCUCGCAGCUGUAUCUAUGCCAGCCAGGACACUUCCCCUGCUGAAUGAGUCUCUGCAGAGCGUAGUCAGGAACAUAUUCCCCAAGUACUCGUUCAUUAGGCCGUCUCUCAUACUCAGGCUUGUAAAUAUCCCAUCGUACGACAGGAUAAGGUCUCUGCGCAACUCGCACUUAGGCACUCUCGUGAAGGUCCAUGGGAUAAUAACAAAAAGAAGCGCAGUGCGCCCAAUAGUCUCGCUGGUGAAGUACACCUGCCAGAAGUGCAAGGCAAUCCUGGGCCCUUUCCUCAUAGAAGACUCUGAUGCAAGCGGAAAGAGCAAGAACAGGCCUAAUAGGUGUCUGGAGUGCCAGUCUGCGAAUACCCUCGCAGUGAAUCAGACAGAGACCAUAUACAGAGACUACCAGAAGGUAACGAUGCAGGAAGUACCGGGAACAGUGCCCCCUGGGAGACUCCCUCGCUCUAAGGAAGUAGUCCUGCAGUACGAUCUCAUAGACUGUGUGAGGCCUGGGGAUGAGAUAGAGCUCACAGGAACAUACGGCAAUACUUACUCAGUCUCGCACAGCAGUAAAAAUACAGGAGUGCCGUCCUUCUCUACGUGCAUAGAAGCACUCAGCAUAAUAAAGAAAGAGGAUGUGUCUUCUGUAGUGAAUAUAACACCGCAGGAUGAAAAAGAAAUACGCAGACUUUCUAAGCUCGAGAACAUCCACAACAUCAUCAUACAAAGCAUUGCACCGAGUAUCCACGGCCACUACCCAGCAAAAAGAGCAAUGGCUCUCUCUGUGUUUGGAGGAGUGCCUAAACACUCGAGCAAUAACCACAAGGUGCGAGGAGACAUAAAUGUGCUUCUACUGGGUGAUCCAGGCAUGGCCAAGUCGCAGCUGCUCAAGUACAUACAGAGCAUAUCGCACAGGGCAGUCUUUGCCACGGGACAGGGCGCAUCUGCAGUGGGCCUCACAGCCAUGGUAAGGAAAGACCCUGUGUCAAAAGAAUGGACACUGGAGGGAGGCGCAUUGGUGCUGGCAGAUAAGGGCGUGUGUUUGAUCGAUGAGUUUGACAAGAUGAAAGACACAGACAGAGUGAGCAUCCACGAGGCUAUGGAGCAGCAGAGCAUAAGCAUAUCCAAGGCAGGGAUAGUCACCAGCCUGCAGGCAAGGUGCGCAGUGAUAGCAGCAGCAAACCCCGUGAGGGGAAGAUACAACCCUGCGUACACCUUCCAGCAGAACGUAAACCUCAGUGACCCGAUUAUUUCAAGAUUUGAUGUGAUAUGUGUGAUACAGGAUGAGCCCGGGAACAGGGAGAAAGACAGACAGCUCGCAGGGUUUAUAGUGGACAGCCACAGAAGAGCUGCUAAUAACAGCACAGAAGAGAGUGCUAACAAUUACUACACAGGGGAUAGUAAUAAGAGCGGUAGGAGUAGCACUGAGGAAAGCACAGGCGCAGAUGGGCUGAUACCGCAGCACAUACUGAGGAAGUACAUUGCAUACGCCAGGGAAAGGGUAAGGCCAAAGAUCGAAGUGUUUGACAGCGAAAGAAUCUCUUCGCUCUAUGCGUCUCUGCGUAAAGAGAGCGCAGCAGCGAGAGGCAUUCCUAUUACGGUGAGACACGUUGAGUCAAUGGUAAGAAUAGCUGAAGCAUCGGCGAGAAUGCACCUGCGCGAGGUGGUCACGCAGAAAGACAUUGACACAGCAGUUGAGGUGGUUCUGGACAGCUUCUGCAGCACCCAAAAGAACGCAGUAAGAAACCAACUGCAGUGGAAGUUCAAGAAGUAUCUACCCGCUAAAGGCGAUAGCUCGGCUGCUGUGAUUGAUCUGAUCAACUCGCUGCUUGCAAGAGGAGAGAACACUCCGAAUGAAGGCGCUACUCUUUCGGUUAAGGCUCUUAGAAGUAAGGCAACUGCUCUGGGAAUUGUGCAUAAGAAUAUAUUCCAUACGAAUGAGUUCAACAACGAGUUCAAACUAACAGAGUGCGGUAAUUAUAUUAUAAGAAAAUAA